AUGAAAAUAAAGAACAAAGGCAAAGUCCAUCCAUCUCCAUCUUCUUCUUCUUCUUCUUCUUCUUCCGAUGGGGACUUUUUUGAGGUCUUCAACUAUCUUCCAGUCGCGAUGUUGGCUCUCAUCUCUCUUCUGACCGUUGACGAUCGAGAGGUUUUGGCCUUCAUGAUGAGGAGAUCCAUGGAAACCUCAUCGACCUCGUCUUUCGUUUCUGGAAAUAAAUUUUCCAAGAGAGCUCCAAAGAAAUCCACGGCUCCACGCGCCAGUUCUGGUAGCGCGUGUGUUCACUCGCCCCCCUCUUUUACUUGCUUUGAUUGUUACAUGAGUUACUGGGACCGGUGGAACUCGUCGCCGAACGGGGAGCUGAUUCAUCAGGCCAUUGAGGCUUUUGAAGAGCAAUUGGCUAACGGGGAAAAAUCCAGCAAGAACGUCAAAGGGAAGAAGAGGGAAAAAAUCGGCCGUCAGUCGUCGGACAAGCCUGUGAAUGUUGUUGCCCCGCCACUGCCGCCGUUGCCGGGAGUUCUUCCUCUGCCGAUUGAUGAGGGGUCUUCUGCGGCUCCGACGACGUCUGGGAGUGACGAUGUGGAAGCAGCGGAGGGAAAGGGAGAGCCAUCGCGGACUGAGGAUGAGACGGCGGUGAUGAUUGUUCCGUCGCCGCCACCGAGCAACCGCAAGGGUUUGGCCCGGAAGGUAUGGCCGGACGUAUUAGGGUUAUUCAAUUCUCGUUUAUGGAGUCUUUGGGGUCCACAUUAG